GAAAUACAACUGCUAAUCCAGAAAAUUCAACUGUUAAUCAAGAAAACACAACAACUAAUCAAGCAACUGUAAAUGCUAAUCAAGGCAAUAUAAAUCCUAACCCAAAUGAUGUAGGAAUAGGAAACGCUGGUCUACGCAUUAAUGCUAGAAUGUUAGAAAGAAGUGUGAAUGAUUUGUUAACCUCUUUAAAUGCACAUAUCAAUCCUAACAAUGCCAAUAGGCCUAACGAACCCAUAGAAGUUAAUCGUGUGCGUGUUUAUACUCCUGGAAACUUCAUGCGGAUGUGUUUUCGUUUAGCAAGGAAUCCUAUGAACAAUGCACCAGAAGAAAAUAUACGGUUGACCAAUACAGAGACUCCUAAUAUGGAAGAUGUAUCGAAUACAGCAGAAGUGAACACAUCUGAAUCAAUAAGUGAUAAUAAUUCUUCUAAUGUGAUCAAUGACUCUGAGUUGAACUCAUCCUCACAUGUAUGUGCUGGUACUGAAAAUACUUUAGAAACAUCUGAUACUGUGAACAAUUCAAGUGUCAAUAACCUUAAUUUACCAAAUUCCUCUUCAGAAACCUUAUUAAGUGAUUUAUCAAAUUCUAACCAAAGUGUUCUUAAUUUUGAAGAUAAAUUUGAAGAUACUUGUAAGGUAAAUGCAGAGUUGGAUACUGCCUCAGCAGUGGCAAAAAAUAGUUUUUCGGAAUCCACGUCCAGUUCAAGAAAUCAGUCAGCCGUAACUUUGGAAAAUUUAAAGACUGCUUUAAGUUCAUGUGAGAUAGUAAGUGAAUCUAGUUCUAUAGAUAGCAAAAGUCUCUCACAAACUGAUUCAAUUUGA